CCCGAGACUAACGAUGACAGAGACCGUUCCCACAGCAGCGCCCGCCACGGCCAAACCUAAGGCCCCCAGGAAGAAGGCCGCGGGCAAAAAGAAGGAGGGUCCCAGCCUCCAGAAGCUCAUCACCGGCGAGAUCGCCGCAUCCAAGGAGCGCAAAGGCAUCUCCGUGGCCGCGCUGAAGAAGGCUCUGGCUGCGAAGGGCUUGGAUGUGGCAAAGUACAACAAGCGCAUCAACAGCGCCCUGAAGAGACUGGUCACUUCAGGCGCCGUGAGCCAGACCAAGGGCACGGGCGCCUCCGGUUCCUUCAAACUGGCCAAGCAGGAGGCCAAACCCAAGACUGUGAAGAAGAAGGCCGCCGCUAAACCCAAGAAGCCCGCGGCAAAGAAAGCAGCCAGCCCCAAGAAGAAGACGACCGUCAAGAAGCCCGCGGCCAAGAAGCCCAAGUCCCCGGCCAAGAAAUUGGCGAAGAAGGCAGCGCCCAAGAAAGCUGCGGCCAAGAAGCCCGCCAAGAGCCCCAAGAAAGCGGCUCCCAAGAAGCCCAAGGCCGUGAAGAAGAGCCCCAAGAAGGCCCCCGCGAAGAAGGCCGCCCCCAAGAAGGCCAAGAAGUAAAGUUACAGCGACUCCCGCCACACAAAAGGCUCUUUUAAGAGCCAACACUUUUACUAAAGAGCUCAUCUUUGUCUCGGUUUAGUAAAAAAACACUGGCCCAGUGUUUAAUGUAAGAGUUAUGUUACGUGACUGUGUCAUAUGACCAGAUGGGGAUAAGAGCCAGAUUUCCCCAUUACCUAUAACUUUUUAACUAACCCAGCAUUCUAGCUCCCUGCCGUCUGUAAUAACCAUUAAUAUACAGAAUGCUGUGAUAUCAGUGAUGAAAGUGCAAACCAAAGACCAAAGGUGCAUGGGCCCAUAAAUAACUCCUUGUUUUGAAGCUUCAGAACUGAAGAAGCAGCUUGAAUGAGCGCGAAAGUCAUUGUUCUAAAACCCGUAUCGAAUAGGUAGACUAAUUUUUCUUUUGUUUAUGGAACAUAAAUAAAAUAUAAAUAAAACAUUAGCAGUAUUAAUACAUCACAGGGAGACAUGCACAUAAUGUCGUUAUACAAUCCAGAUUUAACGGAUAUAGUGUUAUUCCUUUGACGUGACACAGCAAAAGGAACUGGGACUAUUUCAAACGCGUGACGGACCUCAAACUGACGUGAAGACUCCAUAUUCAUGAAUGAACGCGCGGGACGGAGGCGGGGUUAGAGUUUGAAUUCAGAGCGCGAGCCCCACGCAGCCAAUCAGCUUCGCCCUGGCUUCUAUAAAAAGCCGCUGUCUCCGCUCUUAUCGAAAUACUCAGGUUUUCGCUGAAAUCUUGA